AGUAGCUGGGCUGAGAGGAAUUAGUGACACAUCCGGCGUUGAGAGGAGUAGGUGGUGUGAGUGGCAGAGUGAGGGCUGUGUUCUGCAGACUCCGGCACCAUGAACGUGUUUGAUCGGAAGAUCAACUUUGAUGCGCUCUUAAAAUUUUCCCACAUCACACCUUCUACACAGCAGCACCUGAAGAAGGUCUAUGCCAGUUUUGCCCUCUGCAUGUUUGUGGCGGCUGCAGGGGCCUAUGUCCAUGUGGUCACCCGUUUCAUUCAGGCUGGCUUGCUUUCAGCCUUGGGUUCUUUGGGAUUGAUGAUAUGGCUGAUGGCAACACCACACAGUCAUGAAACUGAGCAGAAGAGACUGGGCCUUCUGGCUGGAUUUGCUUUCCUUACAGGAGUUGGUUUGGGCCCUGCCCUGGACUUAUGCAUUGCUAUCAACCCCAGCAUUAUUCCUACCUCCUUCCUUGGCACAGCAAUGAUCUUCAGCUGCUUCACCUUGAGUGCACUCUAUGCUAGGCGUCGCAGCUACCUCUUCCUAGGAGGUAUCUUGAUGUCAGCCAUGAGCCUGAUGCUGUUUUCCUCCCUUGGAAACCUCUUCUUUGGAUCUUUUUGGCUGUUCCAGGCGAAUCUGUAUGUGGGACUUGUGGUCAUGUGUGGCUUUGUCCUUUUUGAUACUCAACUCAUAAUUGAAAAAGCUGAGAAUGGAGAUAAGGAUUAUAUCUGGCACUGUGUUGACCUCUUCCUGGAUUUUGUCACCCUCUUCCGGAAACUCAUGAUGAUCCUAGCAAUGAACGAAAAGGACAAGAAGAAAGAGAAGAAGUAAGACAGCUGUUCAGCCUUUCCCUCUUUGGCUCCCUUCCCUCAUCCUCUCAUUUUCUCUUUGCACACAUUACAGGUGGCGUGUUCUGUGAUAAUGAAAAGCAUCAGAAAAGCUUUUGUACUUUGUGGUUUUCUCUGUUUUGAGUUUUUUUUUUUUAAUCGGAAAACUGAUUAGCAGAUUCUAAUUUGGAGUUUGGCUUCAUGUUCCCUGGGAUUCCAUAUCUCUCCUUUGUCCUUCGGCAGUCAGUCCCUGGUAUGUGAAGAGUAACUGCAACCAAGCAGGAGGAGCAAGUUCCAGGAGUCUUCUUGAUGACAGUACUUUAUUGGUGGAUUUGAAAUUUUUCCUUGCAAAGCCUCCUCUUCUCACUUAGCAUUAUUUGGGUUUAAUAACCAUUCCUGUGGGUGGGAGAUAAAGGCAGUGUGUGUUUUACAAGUUGAAUAGAAACUUCCUUGGACAAUAGAGAUUUCUGAAACCCAUA